AUGUCUCGCCUGCUACUGCUCUGCUCUUCGCUCCUCCGCCACCGUGCAGUCCUGUUCUCGAAGCCUGGCCACUCAGGCCGCCUCAGCCACUCAGAAAGCCCACAGAACCAAGUCCUGUCGCCCACGGAAUCGGCCAUUGGAAUCAUCGUGUUUUUUACAACCUUUUACAUCCCAGCGGCGUAUGUGCUAAGCAAUCUGAAGUAUUUCAAAGGCGAGUAG